AUGAUAUCAAGAAAUGUUUCCAAAGCUUCAAAUUUGCGUCUUUCGACAACCAACACUGUGAGAUUACUAGCCACUGACGCUUCGUCAGCAUCGGCAUCUACUACCGAGACAACCACAAUAAAACAACCAAAGAGAAAGCGUACUUUCUUCACCGACAAGCUCAACACCGGUCCAUCAUUCGACGAUUUCGUCAGUGGUAAGGCCAAAGAUAUGCUUGAAGAUCCAUUAGAAUUGGCAAGAAAAGACCCCAAUGCCAAAUUGCCAAGCUGGUUGAAAGUCCCCAUUCCCAAAGGUAAAUCCUUCCAUAACGUGAAGAAAGAUGUUCGUGAAUUGAAGCUUUCAACCGUUUGUGAAGAAGCCAAGUGCCCCAAUAUAGGUGAAUGUUGGGGUGGUAAAAAAUCCGAAGCUACUGCCACAAUCAUGUUGUUGGGAGAUACAUGCACUAGAGGAUGUAGGUUUUGCUCAGUGAAGACUAGUCGAGCUCCAGGUAAACCCGAUCCAAUGGAGCCAGAAAACACAGCUGAAGCUAUUAGUCGAUGGGGGUUGGGAUACGUUGUGUUGACUACUGUGGAUAGAGAUGAUUUGAUUGAUGGUGGUGCUCAUCAUUUGCGGGAAACAGUUGAAAAGAUAAAAUUGAAAGCUCCACAAAUACUAGUUGAAGUUUUGGGCGGUGAUUUCAGGGGUGAUUUGGAAAUGGUUAAGGUUUUGGCGGGGUCGGGAUUGGAUGUGUAUGCGCACAAUAUGGAAACGGUGGAGGCAUUAACACCACAUAUUAGAGACAGGAGAGCAACUUACCAACAAUCAUUGGCAGUGUUAAGGACGGCGAAGGAAACGAAACCAUCAUUGAUUACAAAAACGUCGUUGAUGUUGGGAUUUGGAGAGACUGAUGAACAAAUUGUGGCCACUUUGAAGGACCUACGUGGAAUUGGAUGUGAUGUGGUGACAUUUGGUCAAUACAUGAGACCCACAAAGAGACACAUGAAGGUAGUGGAGUAUGUGACACCGGAAAAGUUUGAUUACUGGAGAGACGUGGCAUUAGAAAUGGGGUUCCUUUACGUUGCUAGUGGACCAUUGGUUAGAUCUUCAUACAAGGCAGGUGAAGCAUUCAUUGAAAAUGUAUUGAAGAAGAGGAGACACAACGUUGGAGAAGCUCCAAGGAUGCUGUUGCAAGAGGUGAAACCUAGUAUCUUCCGUAGAUCAUAA